GUACGCAUGUUACUGGGGUAUAAUGUCUUUUAAACUGAUAAUAAAUAGAUUUAUUAAAAGAAAACAUACAUAUCAAAGCAUACGACGCUAUUUUUGUGUAUCUUUUUGAUGCCGUGUGCUUUCUGAGAAAAAGGCACUUUAAAGAAAAUGAAGAGGGAAAUCCGAAGAAUCAUUCAAAUUACAUCUGCUGCAUCCUUAGCAGCUGGAAGCGUAAUUUUUCUACAAAAGAAUGAUUGGGAAGUGUCAACAGUGGGCGCAGUUCGAUUUGGACGAGCAGCACUUGCUGCACUUUCUAUAGCAGCUGAUUACAAGUGGACACUAAAGGGUUUAGAUCCUAACUCACCAGACUAUAUCAUCACCAAGUCUCAGAUUCAUCAUCGAUCAGCAAUAUGUCUCCAAAAGAUGUGUGCUAAAAAUGGGGGUGCUUUCGUUAAAGUUGGUCAACAUGUUGGAUCCCUUGAUUAUUUGCUGCCAAAGGAAUACGUCCAAACCAUGAAGAUUUUCCACAGUGAAGCACCACAAUCUGACUUAAAAGAUAUCUAUAAAGUCAUUGAAGAAGAUUUUGGAAAGAAGGUCAACGAGAUCUUUGCAUCUUUUGACCCAAAACCUCUAGGAGCUGCCUCAUUAGCUCAGGUGCACAAAGCAGUUCUGAAAGAUGGCCGUGUGGUUGCUGUCAAAGUGCAGCACCCAAAGGUCAAGGCCUAUUCAGCCAUAGACAUCAAAACCAUGGAGCUACUGGUGCAUGGCAUCACAUGGAUUUUCCCAGGUUUUCAGUAUGCCUGGCUGGCUGAGGAAACAAAGAAGAACCUCCCUGUGGAACUUGACUUUAUCAAUGAAGGACACAACUGUGAGCAGGCAUCCAUCAUCUUUCAGCAUUUUGACUUCUUCAAGGUACCCAAAAUUUACUGGGAACUUACAUCACCACGUGUCCUUACUAUGGAGUACUGUGAAGGUGGAAAGGUUGACAACCUAAAAUAUAUGCAAGAACAUGGUAUUUCAGUAAAUGAGGUGUCAAGAAAACUGGGAUUGUUGUACAGCGAGAUGAUUUUUGUCCAAGGCUAUGUCCACUGUGAUCCUCACCCAGGAAAUAUAUUGAUCAGUCAAACUCCUCAAGGCGUGCAGAUUACUCUACUGGACCAUGGACUAUAUCAGAAGUUAGACGACGAUCUGCGCAUCCACUACAGCAAGAUGUGGCUGGCCAUGAUUAACGCUGACGUGGAAGGUAUGAAACGGCACGCGGAGGCCCUGAAUGUGGGCCACUUGUUCGGUCUCUUUGCCUGCAUGCUGACAGCGCGAUCCUGGAAGGCGCUGCAGGCCGGCAUCGGCAAGCACGAGUUCACGGACAUUGAGGGCUCUGAGAUCCAGACGAAGGUGAGCGACUACUUGCUGGAGAUCAGUGACAUCCUCAACCGCGUGCCGCGCCAGCUGCUGCUCAUCUUCAAGACCAACGAUGUGCUGCGCGGCAUCGAGGCCAGUCUGCACACCCGCGCCAACGCCACCUCCUUCAUCAACAUGUCGCGUUGCUGCAUCCGCGCCGUGGCGCAAGAUGAGCGGCGGCAGUGCGAGGGGGCGGUGGGGUGCGUGUUGCGCACGAGACUGCGCGAACACUGGCAGUUGUUGCGAGUCUCCGUCUAUGAGUUAGUCAUGUGGGUGGUGUCCUCGUCGUGGUUCAGGUGGCUGGGACUGAACAGAACAGAGGUUCUUUACAGUUGAUAGCUGGAAGUGUUUUAGUUGUUUGUUUUAUUUUUAGUGAUGUUUGGAUGAUCCGACUUGCAGCCCGGAUGUGUUAGUGUACAAGCAAUAAAACCUUUUGUAUUAGUGCCGAUGUCUUUCCUGUGAUCCGCCUACGAUGAACAGCUUCACUAAACAGUCGUUGUGAUGUUGACAUUUUACGUUGUGUACUAAUGCGGAUCUCGACACCCCAUGAGAGGGGGAAAGAAUAAAGUAUCUUAUAUCUUGAAA